CCACACACACGUGGACGCAUCUAGUCCGGGUGUGUGUGAUGACCGAGUGACACACAGAACACAUAUAUAUUCAGCCAGGAGGAAGCAGAGGAGGCGGAGGAGGAAAGCUCCAAGGGCGGCCAGCCAGCCAGAUACAACAUACAGCACCGAGAAAGAUUCUUUCCCCCUUCCUCCUCCUCCUCCUGCCAUCCGCCGCCGGCCACCCAACAAUGGCGGCCACCCCGCUCGACUCCGCCUGGGAGUGGCUGAUCACCAACUUCAGCGAGUUCCAGCUGGCCACCGUCGUCACCUUCGUCCUCCACGAGAGCGUCUUCUUCCUCUCCGGCUUCCCCUCCCUCCUCUUCGAGCGCUUCGGACUCUUCGCCAAGUACAAGAUCCAGAAGAAGAGCAACACUUCUGAUUACCAGAACAGAUGCGUCAUGCGUCUCAUUCUCUACCAUGUCUGUGUGAAUUUGCCAGUCAUGAUUUUCUCCUAUCCUGCCUUUAAGUUCAUGGGGCUGAGGAGCUCUCUUCCUCUGCCACACUGGACGGUCAUUGUAUCUCAAGUUCUUUUUUAUUUUAUACUCGAAGAUUUCAUAUUCUAUUGGGGGCACAGGGCUCUGCAUACCAAAUGGCUAUACAAGCAUGUCCACAGUGUGCACCAUGAAUAUGCUACACCAUUCGGCUUAACUUCGGAAUAUGCACACCCUGCUGAAAUUUUGUUCCUGGGAUUUGCCACGGUUGUUGGUCCUGCCCUGACCGGCCCUCACUUGUUCACCCUUUGGCUGUGGAUGGUUUUGAGGGUGUUAGAGACGGUUGAAGCUCACAGUGGAUAUCACUUCCCUUGGAGCCCAUCAAACUUCCUGCCACUGUAUGGAGGCUCUGACUUCCAUGACUACCAUCAUCGUGUGCUGUACACCAAGUCAGGAAACUACGCCUCUACUUUUGUUUACAUGGACUGGUUGUUUGGCACAGAUAAGGGUUAUCGCAAGACAAAAGCCAUCGAAGGGGAAGAAGGGAAGCAUUUGUAAAUUGUGGAGGCUACUCUCUCUUUUCUCUGAGUCAACUCAUCAGAACUAGUUUUUGAUCUCUUGUAUUGGUGAUAACAUUGUGUUCAUGGGAGGAGAUACACGCGGCAUCGAUCCUAGGCAUGGGCCGUCGCUCCUACAUGUCGUUGAGUCUCUGUUCUCCCAUAUUUGCUAGCAUGAUGAGAUCAUGUGUUGUGUAGGCCAACUUAUAUAAUUUGUGGUGAAUUAAAUAUGUUGUGCUCUGUUGGGGUUUGUUUUGGACAUAUGCCCAUGACAAGCUAAGUUUUCUCCCAUAUUUGAAGCAGCAAUAACUUGUCAGAUUAGUUGUUUUGCAAGUCGAGUAAAUAACCGAGAUGAGAUUUGUCUGUGCUUUA